GCUCUCUCGACCUGCGCAUGCGCGGCAGUUUAAAACCCAAGGCAAGGCGAGCGUUCGGAACUUGGCUGCUCUUGGUAAAUACGAUGUCGGGUCUGCGGGGAACGUGGAACGGCACGCAGCUCAGCGACCGUUACAAGGACCGCACCGUUAUCGGGUGACUGAAGGCUAAUGGCUGUCCCACGUGGGGGGCUGGAGGUUGCAUUCAACUAGUGUGUGACUUCUUGUAAACCUAGUAAUGUCAGCCUGUUGUCAUUUCUACUGGUUUAAAGACGUGCUGAAUAGUUUCUUUCCGGUAAUGAGCAGUAAGACAGUGUUUUACCGACCUGUAUACCUGUGACCAUCACCACCAGCAGUGCCAUACCUGUGACCAUCACCACCAGCAGUGCCAUACCUGUGACCAUCACCACCAGCAGUGCUUAACAUGAUGCAGGCUGUCCUGUUGGUGUUCAGUGGAUUAAAAUGGACAUUCGAGCUGCUGCUCUUAAUACUGGACCUGAACUACUGGCUGGUGUCAAGCCUCUUUUCAUUUUUGUUCUGGACUGUACAUUUCAUAUGGAACUUACCAGUUCUCAUCAACAUGGGACUGGUGCAUACCUGGGAGGUUCUAUUGGCCCACAUAGCCAGAAUGGGUGAUUCCUGCUACACUAUGGUGCUGAGCACUUUGCAGACCACAAGUAAUGCUUUGAAAGGAUGCCUGGCUGGCUUAGAUGGCCUUCAAUUGGUAUGGAACCUGCUGUGCCACCUUUUCCUUCGAACCAAGGAGAUAAUGCAGCGUGGCCUACUUAACAUUGCCUUGUCUGGGCAGACUAUUCAGCGCCAGGUGUGGGAGGUGCUAACUAUAGCAGCAAGCUUGGGAGCCUACCUUGUGAACAGUUUGGUCAAUAUAUGUCUUAUUGCUAUGCAAAAUGUCUUCUCGUCAGUGCUAGCCGUUUGGACGAAUUUAGUCCAUGCCAUUGUCACUUUAGAGCAGCUGGCCAUAGCCGUAGUCUCUCAACUUUCCAGCAACGCCGUGGCUGUUGCUAUUUUAUUGUGGAGUCCAUGCCAGCAUGCUCUGGAAGUUGUGGCAUCACUUAGCCAGAACCUAGGAAUAAUAAUCAUCAAAGAUCUCUACAUGAUCCCAGUACUGGUCUUACUCAUUUUAGUCUGGUGUUUGCUAAGGAGUCCUGCAACACCUGUCUUCCAACAGUUUUGCGAUACAAUGAGCAGGCUUUACCAAAUAUUUAGGAUGUUUGUUUUUGUUCUGAUAAACUCAGAGAUUUGGACGUGGGCAGCCAACAAGUAUCUUCAACUUAUAAGAAUAUCCAGGACUGUUAUGGAGUUGGCCUGGAAUCUAAUAAGAACUAGGCCACAAAACACACAAGUGAGACCUGUUACAGCACAGAACAAUAACACAAGGUCAAUCUGGGUUCGGAAUAGGGUACCUCUCCGCAUACAGAAUCCAGUUCCAAGGCCUGCUCAGAAUCCUAUCCAUGUUCCUGUGCAAGACCCUGUUCCUGGACCGUCUGGUAGUCAGCGCAAACCCGAAGCCCCCAAAGUGGAUGAACAUGCAUCAGGAGAAGACCCGUGGAAGCUUCUCCAACAACAAGAAGAGAGCAAAAAAUGUGUUAUAUGCCAAGAUGAGAACAAAACUAUCCUCCUUCUUCCCUGUCGCCAUCUUUGUCUGUGCGCUGCCUGCAACCACAUAUUGUUGCAACAGCCUAUUCUACAACGAAACUGCCCCUUAUGUAGGAAGAUGAUCUUGCAAUCCUUGAAUGUCUAUAUCUAAUAAACAGCUAUUCUGAAGUAAGCAAGCAGCACUUUACUUAAGGUUAACUUUAACCUAUGGCUUUUAUGUGAAAGUUCAGAAAAAGUUUGAUUAAAAGGAUAUUCUAAGCACCAAAACUACUUUUGCUCACAGAAGCAGUUCCAAUGUAUAGAUCACAUCCUUGCAGUUUCACUGCUCAAAUUUCUGCCGUCUAGGAAUUAAACUACUUUUGUGUUUGUGCUCCCCCGGCUGUGACUCACGCAUUUAACAUAAAAAUAAAUGGUUUCAUUUUCAAUCCUCAUAUUAUAUUCGCAUUAGAAUGUUAUCUCCUGCUCUGUUAAUUGAACUCUUAUCACAUACAGAAUGCUUCUGUAGGCUCUAGCCGGUUAUUAACCGUGUAAGAGAUAAGACAUUCAAACUUAGACUGUGUAAUGAAGCGUAAACAUUUCUCUCUUUACAAGAAAUGUGAAGAAUACAUGCAAAGGACAUGCGGCUAGAGCUGCAUAAGCAAAGUGAUUUAAAUGAGCAGUUAGACGGCAGGGUAUGAUCCAUACGCCAAAACCAUGCCAUUAAGCUAAUGUUUUGUCGUUGAUAAUGUCCCUUGUAUGUUGGGAACAUGCUUUAAAAUGUGGAUUGAAAAUAUAGGAUCCAUACUGCCUUUAUUGAAGCCUGUAUAAAAUGUACAUUCCUAACAUGUUUGUAAUAUUUUAGAUCAGUCACAUGGCACAACUUUUAAAUGUAUUCAUAUAUUUUUUUGGGGGGGGGGGUGCAAGAGGGCUCUAGUAAACUUGCUAGAGCUAGAAUGAACUGACAUACAUCUUUUUUUCAUUUCUCCACCUAUAAUUUCAUUAACAAACUGUUACCUCAAGAGAAUACUGUCACUUUUGUUAAGAGAUUUUUUUUUUUUUAUAUAUAACUGUAUAAAAUCUUUUAUUUGAAUUCAUCAUUUUCUGUUGGCGCUGUCAGUCAUUAAACUUGUCAGUGAUUUACUUUGGUUUUUCUGGGGAAAAUUUCAAGCUAAAGGGACAAUCCCCAACAUGUCUUCAAAGAAAAAAUGUCCUUGUUAACAUCUGUAGCAUUGGGCAUAUUCAUUUUUAGAAUUUAUGGAAAUUGGUCUUUAAACAAAUGUUUAAAGGGUACUUUGAGCAAUGUAUGUUGCCUAUUCCCUUGACAGGGUCUCUUGCUUUAAUAUCAAAC